AUGGUAACCAAAGUUUCCGUCACGGUGGAAACGAGAACUGGCAGACCUUUCGUGAAUGUCCAAGGUGAAAGAGGCGCCACUAGGGCGAGUGUUAGGCUAGAGCCUGCCAAGGCUGAUGCUAGCCCUUCUACUGUGACAGGUCAGCUUUCUGUUGCUGGUACUUUAUUGACUGUUCUAAUUGAUUAUGGUGCGACACAUUCUUAUAUAUCAAGUAGAGUAAUUGAGAAGUUGAAUAGACCUAGUGAUGUACUUCCAAGAGGCUUCGAAAUCUUGUUACCUACUGGAGAGCUGGUUGUCUUCAGCAGGUGGGUUCGAUCCCUUCUAGUUUUUGUGGAAGGAAGGGAAUCCUCAGUCAAUCUGACAGCACUAAAUUUGGAAGUCUUUGAUGUUAUUUUGGGUAUGGAUUGGCUUGCAAAAUAUAACGCCACUAUUGAUUAUAAAAGAAACCUUUCAUCCUGA